AAUAAACUUUAUUGACACCGCAGCGGCGCACAGCUUGCCCUUCACCGCAGACAGCUGUCUCAUGUUCGCUGCUGGUCGCUUUUAAGUGUCUCUUAAAAGAUACAUCUGAAAUUACUCGGUUUUUGGACCAUGGCGGCAAGGAUUCUGCCCGUAUUGAAGCUGGCCACCAAGGUGACCAUCGCAGGGGGAGCUCUGUACGUCGCCCGGGACUCUGGACUGCUGGGAAACAGUGAGCAGGGCUUGGAGGCCUGGCAGAAAGCCAAAGCAGUGAUACCACCCGCCCUAGAGGAAUGGAUGAAGUACUUUGGUCUGGAGGCUCAACUUCCAACCAUGCCCAACAUUGAAUUUUCCCCGGUCAAGGCCUGGAACUCUGGAGUCCGGUGGACAAUUUCAGGCCUUUCAGAGGCUCCAACAAAAGCAAGUGAAUACUCAAAUCAAGGACUCCAGUAUGUGAAGGACUUGAUCAAGUGAAAAGGGACUCACUGGGUGACCUCACGUUAUCAAUCUGACUUUUGCACUUGAGAAAAGAUGUUACUCCUUCAAAAGUUUUAGCCCCUUGUCCAGGACAGAAGAUGCACAUCAUUAUAGAAAGCAGCCAGGUGAAAUUGAUAUGAAAGAGGAUGGUACUCUGGUUCUCCAUUUGAAAAUGGUAUUGGAAGAAAAUUGUAUAUAUUUCAUGAAAGCAAAGUGUUUUAAAUAACUUGUCCAUUCAGUUUAACACCAACAAUCACCACUGUCCAAUGAAGACCUUUCGUUGCUCUGUUCACUACCAAAUCUUAGAAAAUGUCUGUUGUACAUAUGCAGUCUGUGAGUAAUAAUAUUAAAACAAGUCCUGUCUUUAA